GUUUGCCACGGCUUCCGUGCUCGUAGCGGAGAUUGGCAGCCUUCCAACCGUGCUGCUGAUUUCGAAGGUCGUCGCCGAUUUCGGCCGGGGGGAGUUGGCCCAAUCCGCCGUGCGCUUCGAGGCCGUGGACUACUCCUUGGAGGACUAUUUGGCCAAGAGCUUCUACAAGACCGCAUCGCUCCUGGCCGCGGCAUGCCAUGCAGCAGCGGUGCUGAGCAAGCAGGAAAGGGACCCAGAUGCCUUCGAAAGUCAGUGCUGCUACCGCUUUGGGGCUUACGUCGGCCUGGCCUUUCAGGUAGUCGAUGACAUCUUGGAUUUCGUCUCCACUGAGGAG